UAUUGGUCACAACCACGGUAAGCUCGUUUCUUAUUGGUCUAUCACUUGUUUCGGUGGCAGCAUUACAGAAUGGACCAGUCGUUUGUUCUCUCCUAACUCUCCUUUCGGCUCUUCUUUCGCCUUUUUCAUUAACGUUGGAGAAAAACCCUAAAACAGAAGUUGGUUUUAGGAACAGAAAGACAGAAGCAAUGAAAGGAGGGAGGAAGAAUCUAAAGAGGGCGGCAAAAGACCAAAUAUUGAACCUUCAACAUGGCCAAAGCGUUAUGCAAGUGCUGUCUCUAAGGGGAUCCAAUCUCAUUGAGGUAAUAGAUGCUCGAGGACAAAAAUCACUAGCAUUAUUUCCAGCUAAGUUUCAGAAGAGCAUGUGGAUAAAACGAGGGAGUUUUGUUGUAGUUGAUGAAAGUGGAAAGGAAAAGGCACUUGAGUCUGGUUGCAAGGUGGCAUGCAUUGUUUCUCAAGUUCUGUUUUAUGACCAAGUUCGUGUGCUACAGAAAUCUCCUGAAUGGCCUGAAAUUUUCAAAUCCUCAAAUCUAGAUGAUUCAAAUGAAAACGAUGGAGGUGCCACCUCAGAAAGUUUGGAGAGAGAUACCACGCCAAUUGAAGUAAAUGAUGAGAUUGAGUCAAGUGAUGAGGAUGGGCUUCCACCAUUGGAAGCUAAUUUGAACAGAAUAAGGCCUUUUGAGUUGCAAUCGGAUAGAGAGUCCGACUCAGGAUCUGAUACAGAUUGAUUAAUGAUUGUAGCAUACUAUCUCAUAAACCAAUCGCACGAUUUUCACAGUCAAUCUCUUGAGUGAAAAAAUACAUUAAGUAGGCACAAGUAGUACCCACAUCUUUUGUCUUUACAGAUUUGUGCUAGCUUCUUCUAUCUGAACUUUUUUUUUUUUUUUGUUUCCAGUGUAUGUAAAAAUCUUGUGUUAAAAGAAAAGGAAAAAGUUUCCUUCAUUUUUGUUCAAA